AUGCACUUGGGGAGCCAGGUGAGCUCUCCCAGCCCAGACUCGGCCCAUCUGGAGGGCACGUCUGGGAACUUACGGCCCUGUCCUCUCAAGGGGCUGACGGCUCAGCAGGGAUGGCUAGACCUGACGGCAAGAAAGACUCAGAAGCAGAGUGACUCCAUCCGGGCAGCACUGCAGGCCAUCAGCACAACGCCCCAGGGCUCCAGGCUGCUCCCCAGGGUCUCGAGGGACCCCCGCCAGGGGCUGAACCACGGUAGGUUCCGUGGACCCCAGGCCUGCCCGUGCAGUUCCGAUGCCUGGACGGUGAAGGAGGGAACAGCUGCGUAUGCUCCUUCAUCGAGCUCAGGGGAGCGUCAUCACUGCUUCACACCGUGGAGGGGAAAGCUGCCCAAAGAUGAACCGUGA